CUCAGUCGCGACGCUGGCUGUUGGCGUUGGCCUAUAAAUUUGUGCGUAUCGCCAUCUGGGGACAUCAGUUGAGUUUUGUCUAGUCCAGGCAGUAGACGCAACCCCCCCAAUAGUGCGCAUUCCAUUGAAGAUGAAGCUCUUCGCUUGUAUUGUAGUUGCCCUGCUGGCGCUCGGCACGCCCGCCCAAGCCUUCCUGGGCGCCAAAUUGGCUUUGCUCAGGGCCAUUAGCGGCGGUGGCGGUGGCGGCAGCGGCGGCGGCGGCUAUGGCGGCGGCGGCUAUGGCGGUGGCGGCUAUGGCAGCGGCGGCUACUCGGGUGGCUACAACCAGGGCUACUACACACAGCCCAGCCGUCCAGUGUACAACAACUAUGGCGGCGGCUACAGCAGCAGCGCCAGCAGCAGCGGCAGCAGCAGCUACGGCGGCGGCUAUGGCGGCGGCUAUGGCGGCGGCUAUGGCGGCGGCUAUGGCGGUGGCUACGGCGGCGGCAACGAGCAGGUCAUCAAGGUCAUCAAAGUGGUGGAGCAGCCCCAGAGCUUUGCUCGUUCCAGCGGCGGCUACGGUGGCGGCUACGGCGGCGGCUAUGGCGGAGGUUAUGGCGGCGGCUAUGGCGGCAGCAGCAGCUAUGCCAAUGCGGGCAGCUACUCCAGCGCCGUUUCUCAGGCACCUGCUGUGACCUACAGUGCGCCAGCACCAGCUCCAGUUCCAGUUACAUACGCGGCACCGGCGCCAGUUACCUACUCAGUGCCCGCACCACAGCCCGCUCCGAUUACCUACUCAGUGCCCGCACCCCAGCCCGCUCCAGUUACCUACUCAGUGCCCGCACCACAGCCCGUGGUGCGUGUGCUGCCAGCGCCAGCGCCAGCUCCCAUCACCUACUCAGUGCCCGCCCCGCAGCCCGUGGUGCGUGUGCCCGCGCCCCAGCAGUACGUGAAGACCAUCAAGGUAAUUGUCGAUGAGGACAACGGCGGCAUCAACCGUGUGCCCAGCCCAGUCUAUGGCGCACCCGCGCCUGCAGUCUCCAGCUGGAGCAACGCUGGUUCCUCGGCAGGAGCCUACAGCAACGAUGGCUGGCAGAACGGUGGCUCCGGCUCCGGCUAUAACAAUGGCGGCUGGAAGAGCGGCGGCAUCUGGGAGAAACUGGCGGCCGGCUGCUAAGCUUGGCGUCAAUCCCUGAACUCUCCUUCCCCAAUCUCCCUCCCAAACGGACUUGUUAAACUAUCUAGCCUGCGAUCUGUGCACCUAAACUUACUCAACUGUUUUUAAUUUUUUUUGUUUUUUUUUUGUUUAGUUUUAAAUACAAACGACGCAUAAUUUUUCUCCCAAUUUGUUUGCUUUCCUGAUUUCGAUCUACAAUCUAAUGCUGUGCUUUUUUUUUUGGCCAGAAUAAAAAGUCAGCUUAUUGUGUAAUAUCCUCAA